AUGUUGACGAGCUGGAGCUAUCAGCCGAGCAACAGCGUGCUACAUCGUCAUACGGAGUGUAUACAAUCUUUUCUUUCACCCUCUGGCAGGGUUUCCGGGCCCCUUCCUAGCUCGCGCGUCGCUGGUAUGUUUGCUUCAUUUCCCACCCUUAGGAUCUUACGCUCACGCACCAGUAAUAGACAUGGAGAAUAUAUCAUUCAAUGGGUGGUCGUUUCCAUCGAGCAAUCGACGAUCAGCAUCGACGAUAUGGUAUGCCGCGGCCGUCCUGUUUUUCGGGUCUCGCCAAAUGAGUUGUCAUUUGCCAGUGUCGGAUCGUGGAAAGAAAUUUAUGGUCACCGUCACAGUGGACAACGCCCUUUGGUCAAGAGCAAAUUCUAUGAGAUAUACGGUGCCGGGUUUGACUCUCUAUGCAUCGGAAGCGAGCGAAACCCGGAUAAGCACACUCGCAUGAAAAAGUCUCUGUCGCCUGCUUUCUCUUUGCGCUGA